AUGGGCAAGUCUAGCUAUCCCUCCCACUUGCUCGCCGUCCUCCUCUGUGUCCUUCUCCCCCUGUACCUCGCUCUCCGUGGGCCAGCAUCAUUGUCCGACAUCUCCUUUGUCCUCUCGUCCCUCUCAGAGCGUGUUGAGUCCAUUAGGUUGACUCUCGCAUCCCCUGUCGCUGGCCCUAUCGCCCCAACCCCCCAAGCCUUCGAGGCUGCUGCUGAGCCUGCUAAAGAAGUGCGACGGUCAGUCCAAGACGGCAGAAGGAAGAGAUAUCCUUCUCUACCAGAUGGACUCGCACACUGCAUCAACUCCUUCGAGCAAUAUCCCUUCCUCGCCGAGCAAGUGCUCCAGCGGAAGCAUGCGCGGUACGCCAAGCAGACGCCGGCCCAGAAGGCGGUAGGCGACAAGCUUGGUUAUCCUGCUCAUUUUGAGAAGGCGAGGGAUGGGAUCGAGGUGAACUCCCGGUUCGCGGAGCAGAUCGCCCAGGCUGCAAGGGUCAGUUACCACACCGGCUCGCGAAGGCUGGAGGACGAAGAUGAUGCCGAGUUUGGGGUAGUGGACCUCGCAUUCGGGCACCUUUCGCGAGACUGGAGCUCGCAGGGUGCCAAGGAGCGACAGGCCGUGUUCCCGCCUGUUAUGGCUGCGCUUGAGCAACACUUUGGCGGGAAGGGGAGAGGCAACAGGGUGCUUGUGCCCGGAAUCGGCAUGGGCAGGUUAGCCAGCGAUAUCGCUGAUCUAGGGUACGAUGUCACGGCCAAUGAGCUGGACUACAGCUCCAUCUUGACCUAUCACUUUCUGGCGAACCACACGAGCUCGCUGCACCAGCACAAGCUGCAACCCUUUGUCACCAAGUGGACGCAUCAGGCCAACCCCUCCUCGCGGUACUCAGCGCUGACGGUGCCAGACCACUGGCCCAAUAAGGCCGUCAAGCUCGUCGAGGGCGACUUCUUGGAGAUGUUCCCGCAGGAGGGCGAGUUCGACGCCGUCGUCUCGCUGUUCUUCAUCGACAUCGGAAAUAACGUGGUUGACUUCUUGACGGAGAUUCAUCGGCUGUUGAAGCCUGGUGGCGUGUGGAUCAACCUCGGACCGCUCAAAUGGGGUACCCACACCGCCCUCCAGCUCUCCGCGGAGGAAGUGCUCGAGCUGGCAGACAUGAUCGGGUUCGAUGUCGACCAUACGUCGCGGAGGAGCAUCGACAGUCUCUAUGCCGAGCAGCCGGAGACGUUGCUCAAGUUCACUUACGGUGAGUACCUGCCAUGGCCCUGCGAGUAG